AUGCAGUGCCUCGAGGCGCGUCUAGCCUCGUAUGUGGCCAUCACAAAGCCCAAAAAGCACGCCAAAGUCGCGUUCCCCCUCCAGGCCGACUCGCAUCCGCACCUCACCCCGGCAUCGCUCGCCGCCGCGGGCUUCUUCCAUUACCCAGGCAAGGAGUCUGACCCAGACUCGCACGACACGUGCCGCUGCUUCCUGUGCGGCCUUGUCUUGGGUGGGUGGGACGAGGAGGACGACCCGUUCGCCGAGCACGUCAAGCGCGAUGGCGACUGCGCGUGGAAGGAGCUCGUAUGCAGGAUCGAGGUGGACCGCGCCGAGGGUGGCCCUGGGCGCUUGAGAACAACAUACCCCGAUGCCGACUCGCUGCCGAGUUCAGCCAAGAGCACAGCGUACAGGGAGAAGACGUUUGGCGACUGGUGGCCGCACAAGAAACCGAGUGCCAAGGUCCUUGCACAUGCCGGUUUCAUCUCGACACCCUCCAAAGCUGUACCGGACGGCACCAUGUGUCCUUUGUGCAAGUACGAGGUGGAGGAGUGGGAAGAGGACGACGACCCGCUUGCCGUGCACCAGAAGAAGGAGCCAGCAUGCCCAUUCUUCACCGCCGCGGUCGAGAAGGUAGGUCCUUGGAAGACGACAACAGCAAAGCGUGGGCGCGCCACCACAACCGUGACACGAGAAGCGGACCCCGAGCCUGAACCGGAGCCCGCAAUCGAAGCCCAGGCAGAGCCGGAACCAGAACCUGUCGCACCCAAGCGGCGAGGACGGCCACCAAAGGCCUCGACUGCUGCGUCCUCGACUACUGCGGCGACCGCGCCUUUGGUAGUGUCAAAGCCCGCUGCCACUGUGACGCGUAAGACUACGCGUGGCAAGAAGGCAAAGGCAAAGGAGGAGGAAGAAACCACAACUGGGGAGCCUACUCCUGCGCCAGAGCCCGUUGCCGUCGAGGAGCCACAGCUGGUGGAGGUCGAGGAGGCACCAAAGAAGGCCCGCAAGACCAAGCCUUUACCAAAGAAACGGACUACGCGCAAUACGGCCGCGACGAUUGAGCUUGAACCAGAACCGCCAGCGGAGGCCGAGCCCGCGCCCGCUCCCGCACCACCGGCCAAGGCCAAGACUACAAAGGCAAAGUCCAAGGCCGCUGCGGCUGCUCCACCACCAGUUGAGGCCGCGUCUGAGCCAACACGUAUCCCGGUCCUUUCUCCGCCGCGCACAGCCAAGUCGGCCCCAGCCCGCGCCCUCUCCCAACUGGACAGGUUCGCCAACUUGCCCGCUCCAGCCGCGCUCCCUGGCUCACCAAAAGCCACCACUUCAACAGCACCAGCUCCGGCGUCCCCGUCAGUUCGGCACGCCAUUGCCGCCAUGGUGCGCGAAGCAUCUCCGGCACCAGCGCCAAUAGCAGCAGCCCCAGCCGCAGCACCCGGAUCGCCCGACAAGGCCCUGCCGCCUCUACCGCCUCUCGCACCGCUCACGGACGAGCAGCGCAAGAUGACGCUCGAAGAGUAUGUUCGUCAGCAGUACGCUGCGCGCGGCGACGAGAUGCGCGCGGAUGGAGAGGCCUUGAUCCAGAAAUGGGAGGCGAGGACCACAGAGGCGAGGGCUAGGAUCGAAGAGUCUUAG